AUGGCCGCAACCGCCCUCGCAAAAUCAUGGAGAGCCGCUUUCGACGUGUUUGCCUCUCUGAGAGACGAUCACCUUCGCGACGGGAACCUGGAAACCAACCGUGUGUUUGUUCCCAAGGAAGAAGAGUCCCAAGAGGUACAAGCUCAAAAUGAGUCUACGUCAAUCCAAACCCCAGUUUGCGAUGGCAUGCAUGAACCCCUACCUAUCACUCCCCCAACUCUGGAAAGCCGAGGAAUCGCUUGGGAGGCGCUCUACGCAGGGGUAUAUCCCAGAAAGCCAGGCCGACCAUUCAAAAUGAUCCUCCCAGCCGAGUUCGAUUUCUGGACAUUCGUCUACGGUCCUGAUGGCAGCGACUUCAACAAGAUCCGAGAGCGCCUCAUGGAAGAGCUGCAUAGCAUCGAGUCGUACCUUAACAACCCCGAAAACCUUCCCGAGAAAGGCCAUGUUUUUGUACUUGGGCCUACCAGCCUCCAAGGUACGGACGACAGCGAAAUCUCCCCUGAGGCAUGCAAGCCCAUCAACUUGGAAGGCAUCAGCAGAAUCUGGCACGACAUUCUAGUCUGGCACCGCGAAUUCACUGAAACUCGAGUGACUACACUGCGAAGCUAUCUGGAGGAACUAUCAGAAACCCGAAAAGCACGAACAGUCCUGAGUGCUGCAACUCUCCCAGGAGGAUUCAAGAACGUUCUGGACGAGAUCAAAAAAGAGCGAAACUUGACUCCCAUCGUUUUCAUCAGCAACUGGGCCAUUAAAGGCAAGGAGGGCAACUGGCUUGGUAUCCCUGAGCGUAUCAACCCGGCUGGUGAUCUCUGGCGAGAGCGGGCUGAAAUUUCCGAAGAGAAGUUGAGGAUCUCAGAGAUGAUCUUGGAGAUCAAGGAGCGUGCUAAGUCUGGCCUCUUGCGCGACUACGGGAUUUUAAUGAAGUGGUUUCAUGACGAGUGGUAUAGUGUCUUCGGAGCAGGAGAUCGGCAUCAGAUUGGUGACUUUGGGACGUGUAGCAUAUCGUCGAAGGAUCAGCUUGCUGUCUUGCUGCAUCAAGGAUACUUAUGA